AUGGAAGUGUUCUUGAAGUUUAGGUCGUUAUUCGUGUUGCAGGAACCAGAAGAGGUGGUUGAGACUGAGAGUAGUGACUGGUGGAUUGAUAGCGAGAGCGAGAAGUUGUUGUCAAGAUCUAUGAGCAAUGAUUCAAGCAAAACAUGGGAAGAUGUAUCUGAAGAUUCAGUUUUUGAGCCAUAUGAUCCACCAUACAAGCGGUUUCCUUUAACAGACAAUGUUUUCUUCUCUGCAUGGAUCUCUACGAAACCACACUCUUCUUUUUUUUUAUCUUUUUCUGAAUCAAAAUCACUCUACUUGAUUCUUCUUCUUCAAAUAAACGAACUGGCUGAGAAGUAUGCUGGACUUAUGACCUUAAAGGAGUAUCGAUAUGUCUCAUGCAAGUAUCCAAUAUAUCACAUUCCGACCUGCAAGAACGAUAAAGAUUUUGACGACAGGCUGGCUUACUUUCUCAUACUUUGUCUUCUUCUUUUCAAGAUGCAAGGAGAUCUUUGGCGAAAGACAGGGUUUGAUCAGGACCGGUUGAUUUACCUUCAGAGCGCUGCAGAUUCAUGGCUGAAGCAGCUAAGUGAUGAUCACCAUGACAAUAACUUCUUCAUCAACUUUUGA